AUGAGCUUCAAUCUGGACGCACUCUUCCACAACCCUGAUGACUUGCGUUCGGGGACUUUGUCGCUUAGUCUGUCAGUCUCCAAAGCGUCUACUGUAGAGUCCGCCGGUGGCCUCUGGCACGAGAACGCAGUCGAUGAAGAACAGGAAGCGGAAUACGGUGAAGAGGCACGUCUGAGAACUACCAUCGCAACCUUGAGUCAGCAAUGCGAAUACUGGAAAGGGCAGGCUGAGGAACGAGGCAAGACCACCCACGAUCUAGAUCGAAGGACUGCCAAAACCGCUGCUGGAUCUGAUCUUCCGACUGACACCGUACGCCGUCUCAACCGCCUCGAAAGCGAGGUCACGCGUCUGCAAUCCGAAAACACGCAGCUGAAGGACACACUCAAGAUCAUCGAGUACGAGAAUGUCAAUCUGGGCAAUCAGAACGAUGGGAAGACGCGGAAGCUGAAGGGUGCCAACAAGAAGGUCAAGAAUGCUAAGGAUAUGGCGGGAAAGGAGGAAGAGAAGGCCAAAGACGCUCAAGGUGAUAAGCAGCGCCAUCUCGCAUCCGAACGCAGGAUGCAGAAGGAACGCGGUGAUGCUUUGGCUGCACUACAGCAACAGAGAAAGCUCAACGGUGACCUGCGCGCGGAGCUUGAGGUCGAGCAGUCUGGUGCACCUCACAUGCGCGAUGUUGCUGCGGACCCGAACGACACCACUGCCAUUAUCCCGAUUCAGUUUGACAUCCGUCGCACCGAUGUGCAACCUAUGAUGAGAGUCCUUCAGUGGCACCAGAUGAACCUCACCGAAAGGUUCAAAGAGUGGUACAAGGACUGGAAGAAAGCAUCUACCGGUGAGGUACGCAAGGUAGUCGGCUCAGAAGGUGUGGAUGAAGAGAAGAAGAAGCUCGAGAAGCUGUAUGGGGAUAUGGUUGAGAUGCCUGAUGGCCACAUGGAGACUGCAGCUGAGCACGAUGGGUGGCGAUCGAAGCGCGACACAACGGAGAAAUGUCUGACGCACGACGCACGACCCUCCGACCCACAUCACUCCGCCAAACAACACCGCCAGGGUUCAAUAGCGACCAUGUCCAACAUCCUGCCCUUACACCACUCGUACUACCCCUCGCGCCAGUCGUCUCUCUCGCGGUCCGUAGACACUGCGCAAAAGCCAUCGACAUCCUCCUCUGCAGCCACGAUCCGUCCGCAACCCGGCACACAAUCGCAACCACAAGGGCAGCACAUCGCAAUGAGCGGCGCCCCAAGUCAAGGGCCUGGGCUGCGGUACCCUUCGAACAAAAAGAGCAUAUACGACAGGAAUCUGAACCGGAGCAAGAAUGCGGAGCUUAGUAGAGCGGCGUUUGCGUACCUCUUCAUUGAGAUGAUUGCGUAUGCGCAGAAGGGCGCGAAGGAUGUGGGGGACUUGGAGCAGAGACUCAACACACAAGGCUACCCCAUUGGCCUCCGCCUACUCGACCUCCUCCUCUCACGUACCGCCAACCCCCUCGCGAGCAUUCGACCCACACGCAUCCUGCCUCUCCUCCAAUUCAUUGCACAACAGCUAUACCGAUACCUAUUCGGCCGACCUGCCGAUGCAUUAGAAAAGUCUGGCACCGACCCAGGACAGUACAUGCUCUUCGACAACGACCCCAUGGUCAACCAAUACAUAAGUUUGCCCAAAGAACUGUCGAGUUUGAAUUGCGCGGCUUUCGUUGCGGGCAUAAUUGAGGGUGUGUGCGACGGUGCGGGGUUCCCAACCGAGGGCGUGACAGCGCAUAGUGUAGGCGACGAGGAAGGCAAGGGUCUGUGGCCGGGAAAGACGGUCUUCUUGAUCAAGUUCAAGCCCGAGGUGUUGGAGAGGGAGGAGAUACUGGGCAGGGGUGGGGGCUGA